AGACACACAUUUGACUUCAGUCAACAUCAACCCUCAGGAACAGAAAUGGCAUUCAAGUUCUUUAUCAUCUCCUGCCUGGUAGCAGCUGUAAGCGCAAGUGCUGCAGUCGCGCCAGUAGCUGUUGCUGCACCAGUGGCAGCACCUCUGGUAGCUGCUGCUAAACUUGAGGAAUUCGAUCCACUCCCACAAUACCGCUUUGGCUACGAUGUUGCCGAUUCCCUAACUGGAGACUACAAAAGUCAGACAGAGCAACGAGACGGAGAUUUAGUUCAGGGCUCAUAUUCGCUUGUGGAUUCUGAUGGCACCCGCCGCAUAGUCGACUACUCGGCCGAUUCCGUGAAUGGAUUUAAUGCUGUAGUGCGCAAGGAGCCUUUGGUGGCCGCUGCACCAGUAGUCGCUGCUGCUCCGGCAGUAGUGCCAGCUCGCAUUGCGGCUGCUCCAGUUGCGGCUGCCCCACUGGCUGCUGCGCCAGUCGCUGCUGCCCCGAUAGUGGCCGCGCGAUACACUGCUGGUUUCCCUGCUGCUUACUCAACCUACACAGCUGCAUACUCCGCCCCAUUAACAUACCCAGCCUACACCCCUGUAGCUGCAGUAAGAGCCGUCCCCGCAGCUGCCCCGAUAGUAGCUGUUAAAUAAUUAAAUCUAGAAAACCCAAAGGAUCUAUAUAAGUGUAAAUGGCCAAUAAACGAUUUUUGUACUC